AAAGAGAGUUACAACCUCCCCCCCAAAAUAGCCCCUUCUCUCUGCAAUGUCCCAGGAACAGGUUUGCCCAGGCACAACAGUCUCCCUUGAGAAAAAGGAUGGGGAGGUGGGACAGAGGACCUCUGAUUACUACAGAGUGGAUCCAACCUUGCCUCCCCGAUUCAACAACCCUGGAUGGUUCCGAGGCUACAGAUAUAAAGAGCCCAACCCACUGUUCAGGACCACCAACAUGGACUACGGUGGGAAACCCCCCACGGUGCAUGACAUGCCGACCAGCUUCCAUGUUUCCCCACAUGCCUUCUCAAACCAGCUUGUGAAGUUUGGCCCAUACCAGAACACCGGGAUCAACACCACCACAGAAAAGAGCUAUGUGACAGGCUCAGAAAACUUCAUCACCUGCUUUGACACGCUCAACUUCCACCCCAGUUACAGGACAGGGGGGCCAUCCUUUUGCGAGUAGGGGGCACCUGGAAGCCAAGUUGCUGCCCAUUUAAGCUUUCACUCCUUUAUCCUAACUAACGACACCAAGGAAUGAUUAUAAAAACUGACUACUUUGAAACUCCUGAAAAAACAACUUUUUUCUGUGGCCCCCACCCCUAGUUUCAGUGAACAAUUUCUGCCUACAUGCUCCUCUUUAUCUAGAAAGCUCUUACAGAUUUCAACAAGUGGGGUUAAAUGGCUUUGGAUUGCAUCCAGGGCAAAGAGCUUGCAGAGAAUAUCACUGUUAGGUUUAAUUAAGGUUACCGUGUAACAACUAUUGUGUCAAUCAUUAAAAUGUUAGGAAUCUGCAAUCUGCAUGCAUUGUCUGCCUUCACACUUGGGGAAGGGCUGUAGCUCAUUGGUGAACAU